CGGCGCGCUUUUGAAGGUUGUAACUUUUUUUCACGUGGUAUUAUUUUAUUUUCCUAUUAGUUUUUCUCUUUAAUUUAACACUUAAUAGCGAUAAAUAAUUCGUCACUGAUAGGGUUCUAUCAAUUUGACACCUUAUUUAGGAACUCAACGUCAUAAAUUAAUCUUGCUAAUUCUCACGCUAUCUCUAUCACCAAUUAACGUUAAUAUAUUUACUCUUAACUAAUACUGGGUCUGAUCCUACCAUAAAACUUCACACGUUCACUAAGUUAAAUUACAACUAUCGCUGUCCACCUAAUUAAACUUUGUAUUUACAUUACUUCCGAUAAUGACCAGGCCAUCUAAAAAACAUAUAAUCUCUCCUGAUGCCUAUAGCACCUGCAAAAGAUCUAAAUCAGUCACUAAAGCGAAUAAUGUGAAACCUUAUAAACACACUGAUCAGUCUGCAUCCUACUCUGAUCUUCCCUCAGCCACACUAAACGUGCACCGUUUACUUGGACAAGACAUAUCACUACCUUGCAUCUCGCUUGUCGAUAUAAAUAAGAGCAGUCACAUACCGUUAGAGUCGACAUCAUUUGUCAGUCCAAACAAAAACACCACAUGUUGUGAGCAGUAUUUAGACAGUGCUGUUGAUCCCAAACACCCAGCAAUCUCACAAUCGGCCAUCCUGAGUAGCGGCCCACGGAGUACAUGUAAGCCUGCCUACAAUAGCCAGCCCGGUGAUGUAGAUCUUGACUACUCACCCAGACAUAUACCCCAUCCCCCAACUAAGUGUGCACAAAGUGAACAUCCGCUAGACACCUGCAACAGGCCUGUAUGUAACCAUAUCGACCUUAGAAACUUUGAUAUAAACUCCGAUAAUCUCACCACUGGUAGACCUAAAAGCAGCCAAACAGAACUUAGCCUCACCCAAACUAUUCAAGACCUAUUACCUUACAAAUAUUUAAUCAGUGUUCCAGAAAAUCCCGAUCUGGAAAUUAUAAAAAACACUGAAAAAGUAAUUGACCAUAUAUCAUCUGAAGUGUUGAAAAGACUUCAGUGUAUGCAGA